CGCAGGCUAUGGUGAGCAGAGUCUCUGACAGUGGGGGGCUGAGUGAUGACGACGGACAGACAGGCAGGCAGGCAUAAAGAGGUGGAAGUGAAAGUAUCAGUCAGUGUCUGUCACACAGUUGUCAGAGAUGGAUAAGUUUAAGACGGUAGUGAACAUUGCCAACAAACAGACGAACCUCGGGUUUGGGCUGGUGGCCCUGCUCACAGCAGGAGGAGAGCAGAUCUUCUCCUCAGUGGUCUUCAGCUGUCCCUGCAAUCACCUCAACUUCCUCUACGGCACAGUGUUCUUGCUUGUGCCUGCUCUGGCUCUCCUGCUGCUGGGUUACAUCCUGAGUAAGAAGACGUGGAAGCUGCUGACGGGCCUGUGCCAGCAGCAACGCAGGGCCAAGUUGAAGCUGUGCCGCUUGAGGAAGCUGGCUGUCGCUGGCACGGUCCUCUGCCAGGUCAGCACCACCGUGCUGGUGGCGCCCUCCAGCUGGAUAGCUGUGGCUCUGCUCAACGGGAAUUACUACGAGUGUGCGAUGACUGGGACCAAUGUGAGCGUUUACAACAAGCACCUGUGUGGAGAAAAUAACCUCCAGUGUCAGCAGGAGCUGCACAGGUUCCCCUGCGGUCCCGGCAGCAGGGUCCUGCAGGAUGAAAGACAGGGUGUUCUGCUCACCCUCAGGGCUCAGUCUCAGAUUCUUGGCUGGCUGAUCAUCGCCUCCCUCAUGUUGUUUAACCUGUUGCUGACCUGCGUGGCUCGGUGCACCUCCCCCAUCAGCUACCUGCAGCUCAAAUUCUGGAGAUCAUAUGUUGAAGAGGAGAGCAACCUGAUCGAUUCAUACAGCACUAAACAUGCCAAAGAGCUCGCUGAGAGGAACCUGAAGAGCUUCUUCAACCACAAACUGCCUGAAAACAUCCUCACACCUUCCAACAGGGCCUGGGAGAAGAUCUCCUCCCUCUACAAGUUCAGCACCAAAGACCACUACUACAGCACCCUGCACCGGUAUGUGGAGGACUGGCAGGAGACCAACAAUGUGAUGAUGAGGAUGGCUUCGGUCAAGUCAAGCGAGCCUGCUGACGACACCCCUGCUGUUCUUGACUUUGUCGACGAUGGCAGGAUGUCGCUGUGACAAGCUUUUUCGGCAUCAAAGCAUGUUCUGUAGGGUUACACCCGUGUGCUGGAUACUGCUGAUAAUGUUGGUGAAUUGCUCAUAGAGCCAUGGGGCAGUGAUGAUGAAAGACUUGUGUGUGGCAUGGAUGGAGGUCGCCUUACAUGAUGUUUUUAAAGGAAAAUGUAUUUGUUUAAAUAUUUAAGUCCAGUAUGUAGGAUUUAGGACAUAUGUUUUCAGAAAUUGUUUUCAUCAGUGUAUAAUCUGCUGAAACUAAGAAUUGUUGUGUAUCUACAUAGGGAGCAGGUCCUCUUCCAUGUUGCACCACCAUGUUUCUACAGUAGAUCAGAACGGACAAACCAAACCAGAGUUUGUCCAGAGAGGGACUUUCACCUUUCUACGUCACCUGAAGGCCACCGUAGUUCUCUGACACGCUUGUUAAGGGAGCAGGGGGGGUUCAACCUCCCUUCUAGAUGCCACUAAAAUACUGGACCUUUAAGAGAGCAUCCAGCCACACAGAAAUGCAGAAAACCAUAUAUUUUUAUACAGAGUUUAAUGUGGACAAUUUGUGAGAUGAUCUCUAUCAUCAUGAUAACAUCACCAUUGCAGUCAUCAUCACCAGCUUAAGCAUCACAAUUAUCACAUGAUCCAUAUAUGAUUGUGAUAGAUCUAUGGCCUAGAGAUUAGGCCAGAGGUGACCAGAGGUUGUAGAUCUGCUUCGGAAAGUAAGUGUGAACAGUGUUCCUCAGUGAAAAUACCUUGCAUAAUUGAACAUAGUUUGAACCACAAGUUGUGGCUGAUAUUAAAGGAAAAAGACAUGGAAGAAAAAGCUAAAUGCUCUAAACCUCUCAAACCAUGAUGAGGUCUGUGUCUGCUCCAUGAUUGGUUCUGAAGGGAACAUGAAAGUUUCAACCAAAUGUACACGAAACCCAAAUUGUUAAAGACAAUAAGGACACCUAGUGUGUAAAGACAAACUCCAAAAAACGUUUUUAAUGGAAUAAAUAUAUAGGAUGACACGAGAGGGCAAUUCAAAACAGAACGGUGGUAUUAAUGACGAAUGAACAACAGCAACAGUGAGGCCGUCAUCUUCAUCAGUAGACCACUGAAUGCAUACAUACAUGCACACAUUCAGCGAUGAAAUGAAUGUGUUUAUUUGUGACACCCUGUAUACAGGCAUUUUACUAAGUGCUACAGUAGUAGCAGCAGAUAAUGAUAUAGAGGGGUUUCCUGUAUAAAGCACUCACAGGGUUUCAGUCUCUCUAAUAGGAAUGGAAGAGAAACCACUAAGAGGAUGUGACCACUUCCUUUGUGCACUCUGCUGCUCAGGCUCUCUCUGUCUCUGUAACACUGGUAUGUUCUCUAUGGAAAUGUUUCAAAAGAAUGAAUAUGCUCUGUUCUCUAUCAUUUUCUGCAUGUAUACUUUCCCUUGUGCACAUUUUGUCAUCCCAGAUACAAAUGGUUUAUUUCUUGCUUGUUGAAUGCACUCUGCUGUCAGAUGAACUGAGUUUGUGUUUGGUGAGUGUAUGUGCAUGAAGAGAAACAAAUCACGUUGUCCUUCUUCUCCUGUCCUAUAAAUGACUGCUUCAUAUAAAAGUGAAUAGAAACAGUU